AUGCUCAACUCGAGAACACGAUCAAGAUCACCUGCUCGCUCACCAUCACGACGAGAUGGUGACAGAGACAGGGAAAGGAGGCGUGAGAGGGAGCGUUGCAGAGAGAGGAGCCGCGAUCGGGGAGAUGGACACCGCUCUCACCUCCACCCCUCCCGUUACCAUCACUCGUCACCACCAACAUUGCCCUUCCACCGCGCCCCAUUAACCAAAACCUCACUGCACUCCCACACCCAGCUCUUUCAAUCCUACCUCUCCACCGUCAAGAAUUUGUCUUUGGGCUCCCUCUCGGAAACGGAGGCAAAAGGCCGCUGGAAGAGUUUUACUGGAAAAUGGAACCGGGGGGAGUUGAGCGAGGAGUGGUAUAACCACCCUUCUUUACCACCACCAUCAUCAAAGAUACACACCCCUUCCUUCUCCCCUGCCCCUUCAAUCCCAGAACUGAACCCCGGCACCAACAAAUCCGACGAUGACGAUGAGUACAUCCCUCCUUUACCAAACCAAAAUCAAGCGCAGCAACAUGGUCGCCAUGGCCCAGCAAUCCCAACAAGAGAUGACCUCACCCACCGCGACGAACUGUUGGAGACGGAAAGGGGGCGCUCUCUUGAUGACCACCGGUACGAGAGGAAAACUUUUAGGAAACUCCACAGGGAACAGCUUGACGAGCUUGUUCCAAAGGCGGACCCGGGGUCGAGGGAACGGAAGCUGGAGAGGAAGAGGGAAGUGACUGAGAAGCUGAAGGGGUUCGGACAGGACAAGGAGCAGGGGGUGGAGGAGGUGAACGAAGGGGAUCUGAUGGGUGGUGAUGAUGCGAUCGAGGAACUCAAGAGGAUGAAGAAGUUGAGAGAGGAGAGGCAGAAUCAGAGGCAGAGUCGGAGGGAGGAGGAGGAGAUGCUGAGACGGCAGGAGAGGGAGGAACGGGUGAGGGGGUAUAAGGAAAGGGAGGAGAGGGUGAUGGAGGGGCUGAGAGGGUUGGUUAGGGAGAGGUUUGGGGGGAGUUGA